AUCACAUGGCCGGAGAGUCACAAAAACAACAGCUUUGGCCAAGACCGUGACUUCAGGAAGGGAGCCCAGGGCCCUCGCCGCCAGCCCCCCUCCCCAUGGAGGACAGUUUUCUGGAAUCGUUCGGGAGGCUGAGCCUCCAACAGCGGCAGCAGCAGCCGCCUCCUCGGCCGUCGCCCGCGCGGGGGCCACCUCCGCGCCGCCACAGCUUUAGAAAACACCUCUACCUCCUGCGCGGCCUCCCGGGCUCGGGGAAAACCACGCUGGCCAGACAGCUGCAGCACGACUACCCCAGAGCCCUGAUUUUCAGCACCGAUGACUUUUUCUCCAGGGAAGAUGGCGCCUAUGAGUUCAACCCCAACUUCUUGGAGGAAGCUCAUGAGUGGAACCAGAAAAGAGCAAGGAAAGCAAUGCGGAAUGGCAUAUCCCCCAUUAUUAUUGAUAACACCAACCUGCACGCCUGGGAAAUGAAGCCCUAUGCAGUCAUGGCCCUUGAGAAUAACUAUGAAGUUAUAUUCCGAGAACCCGACACUCGCUGGAAAUUCAACGUUCAAGAGUUAGCAAGAAGAAACAUCCAUGGGGUUCCAAGAGAAAAAAUACACCGGAUGAAAGAACGGUAUGAACACAAUGUUACCUUUCACAGUGUCCUUCAUGCAGAAAAGCCAAGCAGAGCGAACAGAAACCAGGACAGGAACAGCGCACCGUCCAAUGGCUCCGGGUACUGGAAUGCCUACACAGAGUUCCCCAACCGAAGAGCUAAUGGCAACUACUCCAACGAAAGCUACAGAAGGGGUGGCCCCUACCAAGGAUAUUAACAGCCUGUGCAGAGCCACUGCAGAAUUUUCCUAGAGAAAGUUUCUACUUCAAUUUUUGGUAUUUAUUCUUUGUUCAGUUUUAGCCAGAGCUCUAAUUCCAGUGUAAAUAGCCACGCCCAGAAGUUUCUGAACAGAGGUCAUUCAGUUCAUUAUCUCCAACAAAAAUGUCAGCGUGCGCCCGUACGCAUGGUCUGAUGCUGGGGUCCUGCUGAGGAGUCAAGGGUCUUUCUCCAGGGAAAGAAUUGAUUUGAAACUGAAAUCCAAGAUUAUCAAUUAGUUGCAUAGAGUCAUAAAUAAAACAAGAUGUGACUAGUACAUUUCUAUAGGCUACAGUACCACCGUCUCUGACAGAUCCAUCUUCUCUAUGGAGCUGGAGAGGUGAGGGAGGCAGAGGCAGGAAGCAGUGUAACACCAUUGCUGCUCUGAUGAUCUGUCUGCCUCCAGAGACCUGAGCCAUCUCUCUAAUGGCACUGAUUUUCUUUUAGACCUAAUGCGCAGAAGGGAAUGUAGUCCCUCAAGGUAACAUUAGGGGAGUUACUCCCGAAUUUUAAUGAUGCGUCACUGUUAGAAAUGCCUGUGGAUUCUUAGUAACAAAGGCAACUAAGAAGAAUCAGUACCAUUCCAGUCAGACCCUGCAGACAGCAGCGUCUGGACAAACUCCUCCCUCUAGCUUGUAGUACAACAGUGUAAAUAAGCCUGCUUUCGCAAAACACGAGUUUUUAAGAAUCAUCAAGUGAUUUCUAAAAUGAUGCCUAUAACAUGCUAUUAGUUAGUAACCCAGAUGUUUGGGACUGCAAGGAAAGGAAGCAGCCAGGGUGUAGGUCAUACAAGGAGAUACGAAAGUCGUGCCCACUGACAUGAACAGUCUGACUGUUUUACGUGGUGUUGAGACAGUAAAUGGUGGAAUGGCCCUCAUAUCAAUUAUGAAUGUAUGAGUCCAAAUUAAAUCCCAGCAGGCUGGAAUCAGAUUCAUUGGUACAAGACCAUGACAAGAACAUGUGAGAUGAAUGUUCUAUUUAUUUUUGGCCAACAGCUUCUUUCUAAUGUUUUGUGAAAUAUUAUUUUAAGUGUCUUAUAUAAUGGUGCUUUUAUGGUUAUUAAAAUUGUAUAUGGUAUUGAAUUUAUA